AUGGAUCCCACCUCCACCCCACGGCAUACGGAUCGCUUCAAGAUGGGAAAUACAGAUCCAAUUCCCUCGUCUUCGCCGGCGUUUGGAACACCAGCACGUCCAUUUCGACUGAACAAAUCCAAUGCGCCACCUACCAAGACAUCUAUUCUACCUAUCCUACUCCCUCCUUCCACCCUCCGACCAGUCGCUUUCCGAACCUUCACUCGCAAGCACAACCUCACUAUUUCCUCCUCGGCGCUCCAGACAUUGGCAGCAUUCGUGGGCAAAAAUUGUGGCUCCGGCUGGCGAGAAGAAGGCCUAGCCGAGAAAGUCCUGGACGAAGUUGCGAAAUAUGGAAAAGGGCCGGAGGAGGAGUCAUUGUCGAAGAAGGGAAAGGUGCCUCUCUCAAAGCUAUCCUGCAAACUCUCGAAGGAAGUAUGA